AACUUCCCCACAGGAAGAAGACGACGAAGAAGGAGGUAGCCUUGACGUCUGGCCGUGGUUGGUUGUUGUUGUUUAGCAACCAUUUGCUAGUUAACGGGUAGUUUACCUUUGACAUCGUAUAUGGCGCAUUAAGCUGGUUAUGAGUAUAUGUGAGGUUUAAAGGGGAUUAAAAUGGUCCUGCAAAGCUGAGGAUCCAGUGAUGCCAUAGAGGUAGGAGGCACUGCCAGGGCUCCUCCACCGGAGGACGAGAGGUCUCCUUAGCAAUGGCAACCGAACUUCAUGAGACCAUAUUCAUGGCCAAGCAGGAGCGCCACAAAAACCUGUUUCUUAACUACAAAAACCUGAACAUUUUCCCCGUGGAGCUGCUGAAAGAUGAAGGCCUGCAGUUUCUGGAGAGACUUUACAUGAAGAGAAACUCACUCACUACACUGCCUGACAAUCUUGCUCAAAAGCUCCCAAAUCUCAUUGAACUGUAUUUGCACUCAAACAACUUGGUCAUUAUUCCUGAGGCUAUUGGAAACUUGGCCAGACUGCAGUCGUUAGACCUGAGCAAUAAUGCCCUGCAGGUUCUCUGUCCAGAGAUCGGCAGAUUGAGGUCUUUGCGGCACCUGAGACUGUCCAAUAACCAGCUCAAAUGCCUUCCUUCAGAGAUUGGUGAUCUGCAGGACUUGGAGACGCUUGACGUGUCGAUGAAUCAGCUGAUGUCUCUACCGGACCGACUGCAUCGCUGUCUCUCACUACAGAAUCUGACAGCGGACCACAACCUGCUGAGCCACGUUCCCCGGCAGCUCUGCUGGCUCCACCGCCUUAACCAGCUCUCUAUGGCAGCUAACCGGCUGACUUUCCUACCACUGGAUCUGGGCAGAUCACGGGAGAUGCAGUUUGUGUUUGUUGACAACAAUGUGGACCUGAAAGGACUCCCGUCCUACUUGUACAACAAAGUUAUCGGCUGCAGCGGAUGUGGCUUAUCUGCUCAAGCGCUGGAGGGUGGACUUGGUGAAAUGCUGGGUGAGGAAUUGAGUGAAGCCUUGGUUGGCCUGCCAGCUGAAGUGAAGGUGGUGGGCUCAGAGACAGAACAUGUUGUUCCCCUGGAGGAGCUGGCUAUGAGGACGCUGCACCGCACCUACCACCGCCGCCCAACAGAGCUCAGCUUGCUGCCUCCCAUCACCCUUCCAAAGAGCCUGCGGGAUCUGUUGCAGUUCCCCCUCGGUCACUGUCACCGAUGCAGUCAAGCCAUGUUCACGAUCAUCUACCCCAAACUCUUCCCCCUCCGUGACACCGCCCUGGCAGGAGUGCACCGCAGGACCACUGUGAGUUUUGUAGCCUACUGCUGCUCCAGUCACUGCCUCCGAACCUUUGACCUCCAGGGGUGAUCUCAUUUCCUUCUCUCUCCCCUCCCCCACUCACACACUGACAUAUAACAUCAGCUGUGGAUCUUGAAUGUCUGUGGCUCGCUACUUGAUAAAGAACCUGGCAGAAGCAGCGUAUGCAGAUGUUUGGUAGGUCAGAUGAUGAACACAAAGCUCAACAUUUCAGAGCUUUGCAUUCCUGUUUGUGUGGGGGAGGUCAGCAGCAGUGCACAGUAGUGCUCAUUAAAUGGUAACUACCCACUCAUAACUGGGCACUUUUAAGAACAAACACUUUAAUCUUUGUGGAAUAAGAUGUUUUUUUCCACUGAAGCUUUUUGCAGCAGACUCAUUGAUUGCAGAGUGAUCUUUGAGGUGUUAACAUUUGUAGCAUGCUUUUGUUUUUAUGAUAACCGAAGAAUAUUUGAAGGUUUGUGAGUUCAAAGAAUGUUUAUCAGUUUGAUGUGUGUUAAUUUCAGAAGAAAUUAAAGUGAAUGUCUAAAAUAGAAAAUCUACAUUUGAGACAACAUACUGCAUGAAGUCAUGUUCUUAGUCACAGUUUUUGUGAACUCUAAGACCUACUAAAGACAAUGAGCCAAGGAUUCAUGUUAGGGUUGUCACGAUAUCAGACUUAAACUUCAUCAUUAUAAUAUUGUAAUAUGAGUGGUUGAAAAAGAAACUUCUGUACUUGUGCUUUCAGUCAGAUUCAUUAACUUUGUUUAUUGGCCAGUUAAUUAAACUCAAAAUUCGUAGACAUGGCGAGAGAUGCUAUGAUGCUUAACCCUACAAAAGCAUACAAAACAAAGUUUUUUCAUAUUGUGCAUUGACACAAUAUUUACAUUUCAUUUUUAAAUAUCAGGAUUUUCAAUACAUGUUAUCGUGACACCUCUAACUCGCAUUUAUUUGACAGGUUAUGAGAAAGUUUGUUAUAUUCUAUAUCAGCUUUUAAGAUUUGACCGUUUUAUAUGUUAACAGCAAUGUCUUUUUGUCAUAACAAGAAUUAUAAUAACACACUCUGUGUUUAAAAAAAAAAAAUACACAAACCAAAAAGUCAGAUUUUCACACUUUUUAGGGUUUAAAGGACACAGACUGUCUGCCUGAAGAAAAAGAGAGAUUUAAACACAAGCAGCGCUGUGUGUUUCUCUUGUUGAACUGAUAUGUGUGUGUGUGUGUGUAAUGUUUAUUACCAUAUUGUACAGUUCUAAUUUAUCAUUUGUUUUGUUUGGCAGUAAAUAUUGACUGAUGUUUGACUUUGAAUUUGUGUUUUUCUUACAAAAGAGAGUUCAUCAUAACAGUCGCCCAUAAAGAAAACUGCAGAGAGGACAGAAGCAUCUAUUAUCAGAUCCAUUACAUAAAGUUCUGAAAUGUCUGAGAAAACACAGCUUUUAAUGUGACUCAGGUCUGAAUCCUGUGAGAAUCACGUCAGUCUUACAAUAUGUUGUUAAAGCCACAACAGAAAACGUGCCGUAGUCGCCUUUUGACUGCACCCAUGUAAGCACCAACCUCUGCACCACCAUGCCAUUCUCCUUUACAACAAUAACUCAAAGGUCUGGAGAUCUGGGAAAAAGAAAUAGAAAGAAGUAGCCUUGGGUCAGCCACACAAUGCGCCAGAACCCAGAACCUCCCUCCCUAAACUAAUUACGUAAUUUGAACUAAGCUAACAAGUAAAAGUGAAAAACAGACACUAGGAGAAGAUACGAGAAUGAGAAUUGUUAUUUGUAAUAAAGCACUUCACUUAGUUUGUUUCUUAGUUUCGUUGGUAGUGGAAGACUUCAGUCUAUAAAACGACACAGGUUUAGAUUUUAUUUAUUUUUUGUUCUCUUUCUGAUGCCUUACAGAUGAUUGAAAUUGCUGCCCAGAUCACCCAAAACACUUUCCACUUGAAAGUUUUCAAUCAUGAACACGUUCAAAUCUUCUGUUUUCCCUCUCUUUGCAUUUCACAACUAAGAGUGCAUGUUUUUUUUCUUUUCUUUUUUUUGUUAAAGUUCAGCUGCUUGGCUAUAACAGUUGUUUGUGUCAGUAGGUCAGGAGAGUCGAGCUCUUUGGCUCCCCAUUAUGUGGGAUAUACAAAACAUCCGGCCAACAGGAAGGUCUUGUGCCAGUUAGCCUCAAGCCAAGCAUGCCAGGGGAGCUUUGCUUAACUCCUGAGUCAGACUUUUAUUUUCCUUAUUUAUUCCUCUCAUAUACCAACUAUCCCCCGCUGAACAUGCUAGCAGCAUACCCCGCCUUUCAUUUCUUAUUUUCUUUAUCGUUUGCAUUUUUUGCAAUGAGUCCAUCUGUAGCUGCUGCAUAAUAACAGAGGGUUGUUGAGAGGAAAGCGGAGCGGCUCCAUUACCUGGAUCGAUGACAUGUUCAGACAGAUGUGAUACCAUGAUCCUCUCUGACUGGUGCUUCAGCUUUCUGCCCUCCCUCUGGGACUAUUCCAUCUCAGCUGCCUGCACAUAGGAAAUAUCACUCGUCCAUACUUUAUGCUCACAUAAAGACACAGGCAAAGCAAAGCCUCAUGAAUUUGUACAUAAACACAGCACUGCAAGAACACAUGACGAGAAAGUCAUCAGUGCAAAUUGAACAUGUGAGCUCAGAUGAAUCUGAAGGAAACCUACAUUUAAAAGGAGGAUUAACCCCCCCAAAAAAGAUUGCAAAUCCUUGUGCAGAUGGACUGGUGUUGUGAGAAGUCAAGAUUUCUCAGAUGGUGUUUUCAGAGCCUGAUGUGGUAUGUUCACAUGAAGUAAGAAAAAACCUACUAUCUACUU